AUGUCUGGUGCGCCCGAUGUUAUACCAGUUCGGGUAUGCGUAAGGUGCAGACCCUUCAACCAAAGAGAGAAUAAUGAAAAAGCUACGGAAUGUCUACAGUUUUUCAUAGAAGCGAAUCAGUUAUCAUGUAAUGGGAAAAUGUUCACUUUUGAUUCUGUAAUGGACCCCGGUACUGACCAACAGUCUGCUUAUGAACUUACAGUCCUUUCUCUCUUAGAUAGUUUUUUGAAAGGAUUUAAUUGCACGAUAUUAGCAUAUGGCCAAACUGGCAGUGGAAAAACUUAUACAAUGGGUACUGCCGAGACUACGGAAAGCAUUACCUCCAAUAGUAGAGGAAUCGUUCCUCGUUUCGUGGAAGACCUUUUCAAUAGAAUUAAUGCACUAACCUCUGAACAUGAAACUUAUAAGGUAACUGUAUCAAUGCUUGAAAUAUAUGAUGAAAAAAUUCGUGAUUUACUUACUACUGCCCCUAGAGAUCGAGAAGGUCUUCAAGCUCGUGAAAUUAACGGAAUUGUUUCUGUGCCUGGUCUAUCCGUUCGCGAAGUUGAUAACUUGAGGCAAACAAUGGCUGCCCUAGAGGAAGGAUGCCAACAGAGAAGUAUGGGAGAAACUGCUAUGAAUGCUGUUAGUAGCAGAAGUCAUGCAAUAUUCAGAAUCGAUCUGGAAAAAACAUCUCUCUCCGAUGAAGCUGGACCAUCGUUCAAAGCCAAAUUGCACCUUGUUGAUUUGGCUGGUUCAGAAAGAAUCAAGAAAACGCAAGCUGAAGGAACCAGACUCAAGGAGGGUAUUAGAAUUAAUGAAGGUUUACUGGCUCUUGGAAACGUUAUCAGUGCUCUCUCAGAACCUGGUGGCAAUAAUAGACACAUCCCUUACCGUGACUCAAAAAUUACAAGACUGUUACAAGAUUCGUUGGGUGGAAACUCUUACACAGUUAUGAUUGCUUGUAUAUCACCUGCUGAUACAAACGCUGAGGAAACGUUAUCAACUUUGAGAUAUGCUGACCGAGCCAAGAAAAUUAAGAAUAAGCCUGUUGUUAUUGUUGACCAAGACAAGAACAUUAUUAAGCAAUUGAAAGAACAGUUGGUAUUAUUGCAACGAGAGAUUGCUGAAAUACGUGGAGGUGGAACUAUAAUUGCAUCUAAUGCAAAUACUACAAUUGACAGCACUGAGUUGAAUCAUUUGCGAGAAGCCUUAGCUGAAAAAGAGCGCCUCCUGUCUCAAGAAGGUAGCAAAGCUGCGGAAGCUAUGAUUCAGAAGCUGAGCGUUAUGCGAAAACUCAUCAAGUUAGAAGAAGAUAGGGAAAAACUAGUUGUGCUCCUCAAAGAGGCUACGAUAGAAUCAGAGGCAGCUAGCAUACUGAAGCAGAUUCAAGACAUAUUAGAUGUAACAGGAGAUGAUGUCCAACAGGAUUCAUCUGAGUAUGAAACUGCUCCGAUGAGCAGUGAAGACAGUGAAGAUGGAGAAUUAGAUGAAGAUACUGCUGAAAAAAAUAAAAAUCGUGCUAACGAGUUGGACAGGGAUUUACAAGAUAUUUACAAGCAAAUUCAGGAAAGGGAGAUGAAUUUGAAGAGGGCUACUGAAGAUAACGAGAACUAUGUUAAACUUCUCAAGUCGAACGAGGCUGAGAUGACGGCUCUUCAACAAAAAAUUGAUAAUCUCACUUCCCAAAUGGGUGAAAAAGAGCAUGAAUUGAGAAAGCAGAAUAGUGGAAACAAGAUUGCUGAGGAUCGCAGAAAGAAGCUUCAAGAUAUGGAUAAGCAGCUCCAAAUGUAUAAAAAACAAAUGGCUGAUAUGAAGCGAGUUGAAGCUGAGAAAAUACAAUGUGAAGAGAACAUGAAGAAAAUGAACAAAGAGAUCACUGACUUGAAACAAACUCGUGUUAGGAUGAUGAAGCAAGCAAAGGAAGAGAUAAAUAAGCAUCUUCGUAUGAAGGCUAAAAUGGAGAAAGAGGUGGCUCAACUCAAAGCUAAGGAAAGAAAGAGAGAAGGAGAGUUUGCUCGUGAAACCAGAGCUAAUGUAAUGAAGGUGGCUAUCCUCAAGCAAAAGCUUGAAGAGUCGAAGAAGUUGACGAAACGGUUGGAAAAUCAGAGAAGUCGUGUUCAAGCCAAUUUCAAUGAUAUGAUGAUUAGUGAUGAGAAGUCACUGAAAGUAAUCAAGGCUACUCUAAUGGAAGAAUUGAUUUUAUUGGCUAGUGGAUUUGAAGCUGAGUUGAUGUGUACGACAUUGAAAGAUCAGCGAAAGAAAAUUGUCAGCAGAAUUAGUAGAUUGAAAACUAUUGUGGAUGAUCUAGUGCGAAAGAACACUACUGACGAUGGUGAACUGAAUCUGAACGAGGAUGAUUACAAGAAACAUUCUGAUUCACUCAAAGAAAUAGAAUCUCUUGAAUCGCAACAAGAGUUUUGCUCAGCAGAACUGAAAUCUUUACAAGAAGGAUGUACCAAAGUAGAUCCUGAUCGUAUCUUUGAGAUGAUCAAAGAAAAGAACAUCCAUACUGUUGCUUCGGCUACAAAGUUCUUGAAAAUAGUCAUUGAAGCUCUAGUCCAAGAGAAAAAGAAUUGUGUAGAACUCCAGUUGGAAAUCAAAUCUUAUAAACAAAAGUGUACAGAAUCUGAAAGAGAAAUAAAAGAUCUUAAGCUGAGUAUGAGGAAGCAAGCAGCUGAAUUCAAAGCUAAAGAGAAAGAAAUUCAAGAGAACUCCAAUCAGAAAUUCAAUGCUCUCGAAGAAAAGUACUCCUCCCUCCUCUCUGUUGUAAGCAAUCCAGUUAGAGAUGAAAAAGUAACUGAAGAGCUUGGUACAAUUAUCAACGAAGCUAUGAACUAUUUCGCUGAAAACAAGACUCAGAAAACUACUAAGAGCAAGAAAAAAUCUUCCAUUCAAGCAGAGUUGGCACCUCUUGAUGAUCCUCCACUAUCCAAACGACAGAAACAAGUCUCGCGCAAAGAAUGGUUUGGAGAUGUCCGAGAUACGUUAGAAGCUGUUUGCGAUGAGAAUGAUCCAAACCCAAAUGGGGAUAAAACUCUAGAUAACUCUUGGCAUCCAGCAGCUGCGCGAAAAAGAAAACCAAGAGCCACCGAUAUUUCUCCAAUUAAAGCAGACGAAACUGAGAAUGCGCGGAGACGUUCGCGAUUCGUAGAUAAAACUGAGCCAGCGAAGCUACAUAUUGAAGACAUGGAGAACAUAGUCGAAGAAAUGCCGAUGGCUGGCGUCAAUACAACAUUUGUGAAAUCUUCUUCUGUAGAAAAGUCUUCACCACUGAAUUCUGAGCAAGAACAGAUAAGCUUGAUGCGACCUUUACGCGUUAAAAAAUUUAGCUCUCCAAGUUUGGGUCAGAGGCCAAUAUAG